UCCACGACUUCUGCAGGGAAAGGCUCUGAAAAGGAAGGACCUGUAGCGGGAAGAUCCCUCCUGCUGCAGAAAUGCAAGGCGGCCACAGGCAUUGCGUCUGGAGCAUUAAACCAUAGCGGCUUGGAAAAAGAUGACUUGCAGUCAACUUUGUUGGAAGGCCAUAAAAUUGUUCGGCCUGAACUUGAUCUCUCUGCUAUUAAUGACAAAUGCCUUGUCAGAAAGACUUCUACUUCAAAGUCCAUCUGUGGAGUGGAUCCAAGGACACGGAAAAAGGAGCAAAACCUAAAACUCUCUGAUCCUGAUGAUGCGAUUAGGAUGCAGGAAUCUCAGGCCCUGCUGUUAACUUACUCACGGAUAAGGAUAGAGAAAAAUCUUGCCCAGUUGGAGGAGAAAGCUGAAAGAAACCUAAUAAGAUUGUGUGAAGAAAAGAAAAGACAGCAGAAAGAACUGUAUGAAUUGAAACGUAAGCUCCUGCUUAAGGAGAGAGAGCAGCAGCUUGAUGAAAUACUAGAUAAACAGAAUGAAGUACUUGCUCCUCUUGCUGCUGUCUGUCAACAUUUUGCAGAGGACUUUAAAAUCUUUGCCACGGCCCUGGAUGCCACUAGACAUGAGCUGCCUGUGAGGAAUAUUUAUGUGGAAGGGAAUAGAUACAAAUAUUUGGAUGAAUUACAAAAGCAUUUAGCCAUCACGCAAAAUCUUUUGGCCGAAGUUGUAACUGACUACUCGGAAGAAAAUUCAAAGGCAUUCAGCCUACUGAAAGAGCUUAAGGAAUUGUCUCUGAAAAUGGAUGAAGAGCUUCAAAGGAGUUUCAUCCAAGUGCAGGACCUGUCGUUUGAAGUUAGUAAAGAAGUGUCUCUGCGUAAUCAGAAAGAGUGUGAAGAGACCUACGGCAUAGAAACCAUGAAACGCUGGUAUUUUGACCAAGCUUGCGAGUUCCCUGGUUAGUGACAAAAUCAAUGUGAGCAGCCUGGCCUUAGCACUUUUCUGCUUGUUUGAGCAUCUGAUGUGAGUGCAUUUCCUCAGUCAUGCGAAGGUGAGAGUUACAGUACAUACAACUAAACUAGUAUAGAAUGUGGAGUAUUUAUUGUCUUAUGCUACCUUGCAAGGUUGUCUUUGAUUUUUAGAUCGAAAUUCCUAACUAAGCUCCGCAACCCUUAAAGAAGCUUUCUUAUCAGUAGCUGGCUUUAGAAUCUUUGAAAUAUGUUGUAAAUUCCGAAUGCUGUUUUGGUCAAAUGCAGCCUGCAUAUCCUUUGUUUUGCUCUUCUAUUUUGACUCCUUGUGCACAAUUUUAGCUGUUGCUGGCUUAAAUCUGUUCCCAAACAGCUGAGCUUAGCUUCCAUUUGAUGUGAUGGCACCUGUGGGACCAAAUGUGGAUGGAAGUGUUGCACUGUUGUUGGGUAUCUCUCCUGCUGACUAAUGCCAUGAUUAUACUAUGAGCACUGGUCGCUCCAUAAGGAGCUACAGCAAGAAGUAUCAUCAUCCUCUUACUUCAACGAGAAAAAGAAAAGUCCGUAGAAGUGGCAAUUUCUGUCAUCACCUAAAUUAAAAAAGGUUGGAACAGGAGGAACUGAUUGUCUGUAGCAAUAAAGUCAUACACAUGAUUAAAAUCUGUACAAACACUUGUAUUUGGUUAACAAGUUCUGUUUUGAAGAAGAUGAGAUAUAUUUUACAAAUAAAGACUUCUUUGCACUA